AUGGUUUACGAAAAGAGAUCUUCUGUCACUUCCGUCGGUUCCACCAUCUCUACUGGUGGCAAGAAAUUCAAGGACAACCUCAUUGAAAACAUUGGCGGUGAAAGCCAGUUCAACUUUCUUGUCAUCUCUUUCUGUGAGAAGAUUCAAAAGGACAAAUCCUUGAAGCUUUUCUACGGUGGGCUUGAAAUGAAGAGUCUCGUUGAGCUCCAAAAGAACAUGAUCUUGUCAGCCAUCCUUGAUGUUUCACCUGAGGAAGCUGAAUCUUUCAGAGGCAAGUUGAUUUUGAGACAUCACAUGAUGUUCCAACAAGGAUUCCGUGCCAAGCACUUUGACAUGCUCGAAAAUCACUUCGUCGAUGCCAUGUGCGACGUUUGGCUUGAAAAGGAUGUCAUGGACAAUUGCACCAAAUACUUCAGAAGUCUUCGAUCCAUUUUCGAAGAUUGCAAAAACUUUCAAGAUGAGGCUGCUCUCGAAGAAGAUCAGAAGAUGGAAAACAUCAGAAUUUCUAUCAGUUCUUCAUCACUUUCACAACAGCUCCAAGACUGUUACAUUUCGGACAUGUCUCUGAAUGCUCUGCUUUAA